AUGUCGUCGUCGAUCGCUUUCGAUGGUAUCUCCACAAAUCGCUCGGACACUGCCGAGUUUUGUCGCUUGUUGUACUUCUUCCAGAAGUUACAAGAGCCGCGACCACGCGUACUGGCACGUCGCACCCAUCGCGAGCCAGUCGUUGAGGUAGACGAGGAUAGCAGCGACGACGAGACCGGGUCUGCCGCGAUCCCGCGGGACCUCGCGCCGCUCGUGGAGAAUCUUGCCACCAUCCUGGAGGGAAAGCCGACCACGACAAACAACACCUCCUUGCUCCGUCCUCGCCCUUCAGCGCCUGCACGCCCACGCAGCAAGACGAUCGCCGCAUCGCCACCACGAACCACACCCAUCUCCAAGAAGGGCAGCUCGUUCGGCGGGAAGAACUUCCAAUUCACGUUCAAGAUGCUCCUCCACAAGCUCUACAACGCCGAAGACUGGGCGAACAAAGUCGGCGCGCUGCUCGCAGACAGCCAAGCACGUUUUCGCCCGCUGACCGACGCGCCACCUACACCACCGCCUGCGACGUCUACCUUCCCGACCCACAACACCCCGCGCCGCCGCGCCAUCUCGCAAUCACGAGGAGGGAAGUAUGGGGCCAUCGGCAUUGGGCUCGGUCGUCCCACUCAGAUGAGCGUCGAACCGGACAAGGCGAACGGUGCUGCGAGGACCACGGAGCCUGCGUUGAAGCGCCGCAUUGUGAACCGUCGUCGCUCCUCCGCGGACCCUGAAGGCAAGAUGAGCGUUCCAUCUAGCGGGUGGGUCUACGAGGCCGAGGUGUCGGCGCGUCAGGUCGGUCCACAGGAAAGCAUUCGCCGGCGCAAGCGCGUUGUAUCUAGCGUUGCGUACAGCGAGGAGCAGAAGGAAGCGCGCCGUGCGUCUGGUGACAUUUCACCGAUGCUGUAUGGCGGUCAGUUUGUUUCAAAAUUCGGGGUUCAUUUCCACACACCCCGCGCAUUCCUAACUAGUACACUCCGCGCAUUCCUACAUAACUACACUCGCGCAUUCCUAACCGCACACACCGCGACUUCCCAACUCUACAGCCCUCUCGGGGAGGCCCGUCUCCCGAGGGUUGCCGGUCCCUCCCUCCUCCCGUCCCGCCCGUCCCGUGAGCGGCGCUGUAAAGCGCUCAAGAUUAGCUCUCCAACGAUGCCCAUAAAGUGGUAA